AUGGGAAAUUGCAUAGAGACAAUCAGACAUAGCGAAGAAGUAGAGAGAGGGGAAGAAGAAGUAAAAAAUGGUGGUUUUGUUAAGGAAAAUGGUGGUAUGAGGAUCAAAGUAGUGUUGACAAAGGAAGAGUCGGAAUUGCUAUUGUUUCAGCUGAAGAACAAAGGAGAGAAGAUGAGGUUGGAAGAUGUGUUGGGAGAGAUUGAGAGAGGGAGAGAGCAGAGAGUUGCAGCAGGGUGGAAGCCCUCUCUAGAGAGUAUCAUGGAGAGCCCUGAAGUACUGCUUGAGAUGAACAAAUGA